AUGAAAUAUUAUUUUAUUUCAAAAAGUUUUAUCUUUUUGGAGUAUGGUUAUCUCAAGGAGUUGAAAAAGUUUGUUCAGAAGGAAUCACAAGGCUUCAAGAACAUUCCUUCGAUCCGUGAGGAGAUGCGUGAUCAUAGCUUUAUGAAAAUCUCAGCUAAGAUUCCACGUGUAGUCGUUCAUGGCUAUCUCGAGAUGCUGAAAUAUCUCUACCAGGAGUUUGGCAGUAUGUGGAAUCAAGAGUACUCGCAGUUUGCCGUUGCCACCGGUCAGAUCGAGUGUCUUCGCUUCCUGGUGGAAGUGCGCAAAGAGAAGGAUCUGAUGACGCCACUCACGCUCGCUGCAAUCGAAGGAAAAGUAGAGAUAUUCAGCUAUCUCUACGAGAGAGUACCAAAACCGCUGGAUCUCAACAAUCAUCUAAAGGAAAAUAAAAGUAACAACAGCAGUUGUUUCAAUGGUUUGGUCGACAACAAGACAUUGGAGUUGGUUGCAGGUUCAGUCGAUCUUCAGAAACUGUUCAUAUCGAUCAUGGAAAACUCGACCGAAUGCAAAGUCACUGUGGAGGUACUUGAGAAAGCAGCUGCCAGUGGAAAUACUGGUGUUUUGGAGUGGAUCACAAAGAAAAAGCGCGAUGCAGGUUGGUGGGAUAAAUAUGUGGGGGAUCAGGCGGCGCAGAACGGUCAUUUGGAAACGGUCAAAUGGAUUGUUGCCAAUCGUACGGAAGGCUGUUCUCUCGAUGCUUUGGAUUUCGCCGCUCGAAACGGACAUAUAGCGGUGGUGGAAUUCUUGCUUUUACAUUUCAAAAAAUGUGCGCAAUACACAAUGGAUUGCGCUGCGUAUGGCAAACACCUGAACGUCAUCAAGUAUAUCGAUACUGUGGGAUCUGGGCCAGGUUGCUCUUUCCUGUCGGUGGUGUGCAUCGCCACCAAUGGCGACAUGGAAACGCUGAACUACUUGCACGACCGUCAAUUGAUCAGAACUAAACCGGACGAAGAUCAACUGCUCACCGCGUACUAUGCUGCUUGUGGAAUGUGCAGUCUCGAAAGGAUAUGCUGGCAUCCUCAGAUUCUUGGCCGAAAAGAAGCUGAUCACUGA